GCUAAAUGUUCUGACAUAUAUAAGAACCAACACUGAAGCUGGCCCUUUAAGACUCCCUGUAAGUUUCACAUCUUCUCAAUCCCUGCAUGCAUUUCACUCAUAAAAAUCCAAUCUCAGAUUAUUUCUAGUAAUCUUCAAUGGCUGCAACAAGCAAGAUUCUGAUAAUUGGAGGGACAGGCUACAUAGGCAAGUUCAUUGUGGAAGCGAGCGCCAAGUCUGGCCACCCAACUUUUGCUCUGGUGAGGACAAAAACAGCUUCUGGAACUGAAAAGGCUAAACUCCUUGAGAGCUUCAAGAAUUCUGGAGUCACUUUCGUCCAGGGAGAUCUCAAUGAUCAUGAGAGUUUGGUGAAGGCAAUUAAGAAGGUGGAUGUGGUGAUCUCUACUGUAGGUGGGUCAUUGAUAUCAGAUCAGGUGAAGAUUAUAGCUGCCAUUAAAGAAGCUGGGAAUGUGAAGAGAUUCCUCCCUUCGGAGUUUGGGAAUGACGUUGAUCGUAUUCAUGCUGUUGAUCCAGCACUGUCCAUGUGGAAUAAAAAGGUUAGAAUCCGCCGAACCAUCGAGUCUGAAGGAAUUCCCUCCACCAUUGUUGUCUGCAACUUCUUCGCGAACUAUUUCCUCCCUAAUUUGGCACAGGCUGAAGGAACAACACCUCCUCAAGAAAAAGUAGUCAUAUUAGGAGAUGGAAAUCCCAAGGGAAUUUUUAACAAAGAGGAAGACAUUGGCACUUACACUAUUAAAGCUGUGGAUGACCCAAGAACCUUGAAUAAGAUCCUCUACAUCAAACCUCCUCAUAACAUUGUCUCAUUCAAUGAGCUUGUAUCUCUCUGGGAAAAAAAGAUUGGGAAAACCCUAGAAAGGGUCUAUGUUCCAGAGGAUCAAGUUUUGAAGGAUAUCCAGGCGGCUCCGUUUCCAGUAAAUGUGACAUUGUCACUCUGUCACUCAGUCUUUGUGAAAGGUGAUCAAACAAAUUUCGAGAUAGAGCCUUCGUUUGGAGUUGAGGCUUCUGAGCUUUAUCCUGAUGUGAACUACACCUCCGUAGAUGAUUACCUGAAUCAGUUUGUCUAAUGUUCUUUUUUUUGUUCUUCUUGGGGGAUUGAAGCCUCCACCAAAGUCUCUCUUUCCUCCCCAUAUCCGAAAUAUAAAAUAAUUUUCUAUAGGUAGGGGAGAGAGUAGACUGGGGAAAAAAUUAGUUUUCUUUUCUAUAAUAUUAUUUAAUUGGAUAAAUUUUUCUUUCA